AUGGCGGCGACAAAAGGCAAGAAAGUAGCGAACGGAGGUCCUGGGGGAGCGCAAAGCCACAUCCGAGCUCGCCUGGCAUAUUUACAUAAAGCCGCACUAUAUUUGCAGACAGCAACGAAAGAAAGCCAGACAACUACAAAUGAUAAUAAUAAUGAUGAUAACGAAAACGAGUCCAGCAUUCAAGCCCGCACCCACAGGCACUACAUCAACCAAAUGCGCGGCAUUUCCCGAAAGACUCAGCAGCGUCUUUCCAUAGAAACAAAGCGAAGUUUCUGCAAGCGAUGCGACUUGCUUUUGAUUCCGGGUGUUACGAGCACAGAAGAAGUCGAGAACCAGAGCAAAGAUCAGAAAAAGCCCUGGGCAGACGUCCUGGUGGUUCGCUGCAAGGCUUGCGAGGCAGUGAAACGAUUCCCUCAGAAUCAGAAGCGCAGCGCAAAGCUAUCUGUACGGAAGCAGGAGAGGGGUGACAAGGAUGCGGAAUUGAAGAAUGGAAGUGGUGGCUCAUAG